AUGGAACUCCAACAUGAAAGUUAUAGGAAUCACAAGCAUCCAAAUCUUAGAGAUCUCUUAGAACUCAAGGUUCAUAUUCAUCACUUUGAUAAUUUAAGUCACAUACAAUGUGAAACAUUCAACCCUCUAACCAUAGUUUUCAAGAAAUUAUUUAGUCAAGAAGGUCAAGAUUACCUUCGAACACAUUUUUCCAAACUUUUCUUUUUAACCUCUAAUAUGCUUGAUGACUUAAUAAGUAAUAUAAUACAUGAGGUUCAAGAACUAUACAAUAUUGACAUGGUUGAUGAAGAAAGUAAUAACUUGAUUGAAACACCUUUAUAUCACAAUUCACAACCAAAAGUGUUCAAUUUGAGCUUGGAGAUGGAGAUUCAUAAAGAUGAUAUUGGUGAUGAACUAGAGAUGGAAAUUGAAGAAGAAUAUUAUGAUGAAUCCAUACAAGAAGUUGGAAUGGUUCCAGCUUCAAAAGAAGCCAUCAAGACAAUGAAAACAACAUGUGAUUUGAAUGUUACAAAAUUGAGAGACAUAUUAUGUUGUACUAUAUGUAUGGAUGAAUUUGAUCAUAUUCAUGACACAUCAAAAGUAUGCACCAUGCCUUGUAAUCAUGUGUUUCAUGAACAAUGUAUCGUCAAGUGGUUACAAACUAGCAAUACUUGUCCUCUGUGUCGAUAUUCAAUGCCCACUGCUCUUGAUAGUUGA